AUGACAGAAGGCGGGGGAAGUGCAUCGGCUGUCGCAGAUACUCAGAUUUGGUGCAGAGAGUGGGACGAGAUCUCCUGCCCAAUUUGCAUGGACCAUCCGCACAACGCCGUCCUUCUUCUGUGCAGCUCCCAUGAGAAAGGAUGCAGCCCGUUCAUCUGCGACACAAGUCACAGGCAUUCAAACUGCCUCGAUCGCUUCAAAAGACCGAAACCAGACCCAGAACCAGACCCAAGAGAGGGCUCUCCACAUGGAUUGAGGCCUCCUCUGCCAUCUCCCACCUCUGAAUCUGGCUCGGAUGUGCAGAUAGUAAGAAGAAGGAAUCUGGCAGGAACAGACGGAGCCCACAGCCCAGAAACAGGCGCCCCGGAAGCACCGGUUGGAGCAAACGAUCAAGAAUCAUCAGACAGAUAUCUGGAAACGAUGGGCCUUCAAGAUUCUGAUGUGGGUAGCGGUGUAAUGUAUCAGGGAGAGCUUCUGAAGUGCCCUCUUUGUCGUGGAACUGUGCUCGGCUAUCGGAUUGUGAAGGAGAUGAGACAGUAUCUGGACCAGAAACCGAGAGCUUGCUCAUGGGAGUCGUGCCCAUUCUCGGGGAACUACAGGGAGCUGAGAAGGCAUGCGAGGAGAGUUCAUCCGUCAAAGAGACCAGCUGAUGUUGACCCUAGAAGGCUACGGGAGUGGCGCCACCUGGAGCAUGAACAGGAGAUCGGCGAUGUACUCAGUGCCUUGAGGUCAACGACACCCAAUGUGGUUGUCAUUGGAGACUACGUCAUCGAUGGCGGCGGCCACCGGGUGUUGCCUAAUCAGGAAGGUGGCGGCGGCGGCGGCGGCGGCUCCGGCGAGGGCGGUGCCCGAUCAUGGCGGACCACGUUGCUGCUCUUGGAGUUGCUUGGCAGCCAAUUUGGGGAUGCGCCGCCGAGGAGCUCGUCAAGGUCGUGGAGGACCAAUCGAAGGCCUGGGCACCGGAAUCUGUGGGGUGAAAAUCUUCUAGGCCUGCAAGACGAAGAUGAUGAUGAGUUUCUGGGCAGUGCCGGGGUUCCAGUGCGCCAGAGGACCAGAUCAGGCCGCCGGAGUCCGUGGGGAGAUGAUCUUCUGGGCCUGCGAGAGGAGGACGAUGAAGAAGGUUUCUCAGACGGCGAGGAGGCCAUGGCGCCCCGCCGCCGCCGGCGGUUCGCGAGAUCCCAGAACGAUGCCGAUGGCAGUGAGAGAUGA